AUGAAGGGAGGUUCAAUUGAACUUGGUGAAGUGCCUAGAAAUGCAACUACAAGCAAAGGAGUGAAAAGAGGGUUGUCAAUAAUGGAUUUUAUUUUGAGAAUAAUUGCAGGUGUUGCAACACUAGCUAGUGCUAUUGCUAUGGCAACAACUGAUGAGAGGCUUCCAUUUGCUACUGCUUUUAUACAAUUCAGAGCUCAAUAUGAUGAUCUUCCCUCAUUUGUGUUUUUUGUGAUGGGAAACUCAGUUGUUUGUGGAUAUCUUGUGCUUUCACUAAUCCUGUCAAUAUUCCAUAUAGUGAGGAGCACUGCAGUAAAAACUAGAAUUCUACUCAUUGUUCUUGACAUGGUAAUGAUGGGUGUACUAACAGCAGCAGCCUCAGCAGCAGCGUCGAUUGUGUACAUAGCACAUUAUGGAAACACACAAGCCAAUUGGUUUCCUAUUUGCCAACAAUACAACAGUUUCUGUGAACGUAUUUCUGGCUCUCUUAUUGGUUCUUACAUUGCUGUUGCUAUGUUCGUUAUCAUAAUAAUUCUGUCACAAGUUGCAAUCUCUCGAAACUGA